AUGGGAUCAACUAUCCAUCACACCACCUCAUACAACCCAGAAGCCAACGGUAUGGUGGAGCGGUCCCAUCGUACUCUGAAAGCAGCGUUAAUGGCGCGCUGCACUAAAUCAGACUGGAAAGCUCAACUUCCCUGGGUUCUUCUCGGGAUCCGAACAUCCCCAAAAGAGGGAUUACAAGUUUCCCCUGCUGAAAUGGUGUUUGGGGAAGCCCUCACUGUUCCAGGGGAGUUCUUCCCGAGUCUAGAUACCCCUACAGAUUCUGAGCACCUCACCAAACUACGCCAUGCUGUCACCCCUCACCCCCCGUACCGCGGGCCAUAUGCUGUCUUGGAGCGUAACCCCAAGGCAUACCGUCUCAGCAUUGGUGGGAAGAGCGACUGGGUAUCCAUUGACCGCUUAAAGCCUGCAUACCUGGAAGAAAAGGAACCUACACCAACCACGCCUCUGGCUGAUAACCCAGCUCACACCGUACCUCCUUCAAAUGCACCUGCCCAUCCUGUUCUUUUUCAGAGCCUUCCCUUCAUCCAGCCCGUGGAAUCAUCUCCAGAUGGACGGCGGCAGGGCCCAGCAGCCAGCUUCUGUCCUGUUCUGAUCCUGUUCUCUCGUUUCACACCCGCCCUUGAGCCACGCGGGUUUUCUCGCCUUCUGCCUUCGUUUCUGGCAGGGUCGCGCUUUCGUCCUGAACGUCUGCAAAAACCCUGUACAGAUAAGAUUUUCUCUGAGUUUGGCCAAGCUAUGGCUUGUUUUCACCCCGAUCGACAGUGUCCCGGAGCUGAGCUCGGUCUACGCUCUUUCCCCAUGACGGGAACGUAG